CUUUCCUCCUUCGCUUCUCUUGAUUUGCCCGGUCAACUUUCUCUCUCUACCCCCAUCUGCCAAGUAAGUCCUCCAGUCCUUCAAGUCUUUUAAUUCUUCCAUCUUUCCAUUUUUGACCGGUAGGCCUAGGUCAUGCCUUCUGAUAGCCAAAACAUAUCUGGCCAAUCCUAUGGAUCAGGCUCUCAUCCCUCUUCCUCUUCCCACUCUGAGUCUUCUUCUCCCCCUGUCACUCCUUUGAUUCGUCGCCCCUCCCAACAGUCUAUCUCUCAGGCCCGGGAAAUAAUUGCCCAGGAGCCUGUCCCUUUGAAUCAACUGCCCGGUCGAUUCAAUCCCAAGGUCCUCAGUUGGGAGCAAUGGGAAGAACGACUGGGAUCCUUGGGCUUCCUAGCCCUUGAUGUCAGACCGGUGUUCAAAGAGUCUUUUAGGGUUACCAAAAAGGUUCUGGCCGAGGUCCGUACCAUUCUCCAACCGGGCUACAAAGUCCUUUCCAAAACCACUUGGCCCAACAUCAUUGAACCCCACCAAGGAACCCGGUUGGGUUUUCAUGUUGCUUCUCUAGAGGGAGACAUGAAUUUCAACAGGAUGACCACCAUCAUCGAGGAUGACGACGAUGAUGUCCAAGUCCUCCACUCCAACCGGUCUCCUCUCUCCAAGCCUCCUUCUCCUCCUUACUUCCCUGAAAUGGAUGGGGCCACAAGUGCCCGGUGUAGCCCUAUCCAUGAACAGAGCCAGAAGCUGAACUCUCCUCCAGCCACCCAUCUCUUUGAAAGUGACCGGGUCCUUUCUCCUAAGAAGGAUGUCAAGGCCAAAGGGAAAGGGACCGGUCAUUCUUCCUCUCAGAAAAGGAAGGGUUCCCACAAGACUUCCAGGGGGGAAAGGAGGAAGAAGGCAUGUUUUCCAGUUAUAUCUGAAGAAGUUGGCCGGUCAAUCGUUGAACCAAAGGACCAGCUUUCCGAGCUCACCCUCCUCCUUGACUCCGCUAAGUCAGAGAUUAAUGACCGGGUUGAAAGGGAGAAGAAGCUGGAAGAAGAUCUGAUGGCUGAAAGGGCCAGGUUAGAGGAGGAAAGGGCCAAGCUGGUGGAGGCGAAGAGGAAGUUGGCAGAGCUGGAGGAUGCUUUGGCCCAAGCUGAAGAGGCUGCCCGGUCAAAGGAGCAAUCCUUUCCUGAUGAUGCUGCACGAUGGGCGGCCGGGCAUCAUGUCGAGACUGCCCGGUCCAUUCUAGUUGGGCCAGAGGAGACAAUGGCCUUCUUCAAGACCAUGUACAAGGAGCCGGAGGGAAAAAAGAUGAUAACCGAUAUCGGUUCAUAUGGUUUCCAAUGCGGUUAGAAGGAUGAGAGGUCACUCCUCUACUCAAGGCUUCAAAAGAGGGACCCUUCCUUUGACCCGGCCAAAGUGAAGCUUCCAGCUUUAUAAAAGGAAGAGCCAAUUCCCCCCUUUCCCCUUGAGUAGGUUAGAGUUUGAUUAAAAAAAAUCUUUAAAUUUUCCCAAGGCCUGGGGGAUGUCCGGCCUACUUUUGACUUAU